UCAUCAUUCGUAUGCUCGCGGGCUGAACGUUAAACAGUGUGCUGCCCUUACUGCUUCAAAUUCGGGAAAAAUGUGCAAUUAGCAAAUGUGUAGUUUUGGUGUCGGUUUUCGGUGUUAAAUCUGUUACCUAUCACUGAUCCCGAAUUCGUGUAUAGUUAGUGUAAUUAGGAGAGUAGUGUUUUGUGUCGUAAGUGUGUGGAAUCGUCGGUCCGAGGAUUGGAACGGAAAUCCACUAUGUUCCCUUUCUCCUCGCUGCAGGUCGAGUACAGCAACUUCCACCGUUCGUCGCAAAUCAUGUCCAACGCGCUGAGCAUGACCAACUCGGGCUUCCCGCACUCCUGGAUCGUGUCCGGGCAGGACUUCUGCCCGAUCACGUAUUCCUCGAUCCAGUCGCACAAUUCGGCCGUCUCCAGCAAUCUGGCGACGGUCGAACCCGGCCUGAUCGAGCUGCGUAAGGAGAAAUCCCGGGAUGCGGCUCGAUCCCGGCGGGGUAAGGAAAAUUAUGAGUUCUACGAGUUGGCGAAAAUGUUACCCCUACCGGCGGCCAUCACCAGUCAGCUGGAUAAGGCUUCCAUUAUCCGGUUGACGAUCAGUUACCUUAAGCUGAAGGAGUUCAGUGAAAGUGGAGUACCUCCGUGGAGCAAGGAACCGAUUGGGUUUCAGAACUAUUCCACUCCGCAGUACAGUUACAACGAGAUGUUCGAAACGCACCUCGGAACGCACAUUCUACAGUCGCUGGAUGGAUUCGCACUGUCCACGAGCGUGGAUGGCCGGUUUCUGUACAUCUCGGAAACCGUCUCCAUCUAUCUCGGACUUUCGCAGGUGGAGAUGACGGGUAGCAGUAUCUUCGAUUACAUCCACAAGAGCGAUCAUGCCGAAAUGGAAAACCAGUUGGGGAUCAAGAAAAAUUCGGAGUAUUCGUACAGUUCCUAUUCGGACGAUCCGCCGGAGAAAACCGUUCUUAAGAUGGCGAAAGAAAGUAAACCACUUCCGGGGGAAACCUACGAGGGUGAAGAUCGAGCUUUCUGCAUCCGGAUGAAGUCUACGCUGACGAAACGGGGUUGUCACUUUAAGUCGUCCGGUUAUCGAGUAAUUCUGCUACUUUGUCACCAGCGGAAGCGGAACAACUCGACGGAUGAUCACAGUGAUAAGCAAACCGCGAUCGGGAUGGUAGGGAUUGGAAUAGCACUUCCGCCACCUUCGCUGCACGAGAUAAAGUUGGAGUCGGACAUGUUCGUGUUCCGGACCAGUCUCGAUCUGACGAUCAUUCACUGCGAGAACAGAAUCUCCAGCUUCCUGGACUACACGGCCGAUGAGCUGAAUGGAAAGAGUGUCUACCUGCUGUGUCACGGGCAGGAUGCGCACAAGUUGAAAAAAAGUCACAGCGAAUUGAUUCAAAAGGGCCAAGUCCUAACCCCCUUCUACCGCAUCCUAAACAAAAACUCCGGUUACUUCUGGAUUCAAACCUGCUGCACGAUGGUCUGCCAGACGAAGAACAUGAGCGAUCAGACGGUGAUCUGCGUCAACUACAUCAUCACCCGACCGGAGAAGGAGAACCUAAUCAUGGACAUUUCGCAGAUGCCGAACAUUGGCCUGACCGAUUACCACAGUGCAGGGAAAAGUAGUGUAACUAAGAGGAUUCCUUCGGCGGCAGCAGUUGCCGCGAUGGAAUACGAACUGGACGUAAAGGCGGCGGAAAUGGGCGGUGGGGCUCAUCCAGAGGGAGCUGCGUACAUCGAUUCCCAUUCGCACGGUGAUCAUAAGGACCUGCUGGACAAGUCACCCCAUCGAGCACUGGGGAUGGGGAUGUUCGAUGGGAAGAAGGAUUCGUUGGAGUACAAAGAUAAGCUUCUGGAGCGGGAGAAGGGGUGCAGCAAUAGCAAGCAACAGCGACUGAAGGCCGGUAGUCCGAUCCUGAGCGUUUCGGCUAACGAAAACCAAGGCAGUAUGGAGAAGAAGACUUCCAACGGCAAGAAGAGCAUCUCUAAUCGGGCCAGCGUGAUUCGGGUGCUGAACAAGACUUCGUCGAAGAAGAUUCUUCAGGAGAACCACUAAACCCUAGUAUAUGUAUAAUUGUUGUAGGUUAACUCUUAGAAUCGCCAUUUUCCUUCCAUCCCCAAACUCACUGUUUCCCCUCAUUAUGCACUGCUAGACAGUAAGAUAAAAAAACGUAUUUAUUGCUUUAACCGACAUCUUAGGAAGAAUACUCACUCACUCUCUUACUGUAUCGAUUGAAUCAUAACUUGAUUCUGUGUAGGAUUAGUGCAUGAAACACAUGCACAUAACCAAUGUAUUGUUAUUCGCAGCCGUACUUUAAAAGGUAACCAGUGUCAGUAUUGUAUAUUCAAACAGGAGUAACUGAAUAGUGUUUAUGGCUAUUGAAGACUAGUAAAGCAAAUCAAGUAGAUUGUAAGAAAAGUAUUAUGUUUUUGGUAUUAUUAAAAUACUCCAAU